AUGAUUGCUUUAGAAACUGAACAAUCCAUCCCAAGUGAAGAGCGGAUGCCUAAACCGGAACCUACUUCAUCCCAUCCACAAAGAACGUUAACACGGUCGAGUGCCGUUAGUCAGAAAUCCGUCGAAAUAAUGGUUCACCCGGAAGGCUCGAACAAUCCACUGCACAGGUCCAAAUUAGCUCCAACUAGGUCUUCCUCUGAGACGCAAUCUUCUGGUAAGAAGAUGCUGAAUUUGAGAAAAACUAAAAACUCAUCAAUAGAAUCGACAAUGAGUCUGCCGAACCAGAAGUCUUUGGAGAAGAAGCACGGUGGCCUGAGACAUCAGAAGGCGGUCGUGGUGCAGGCUCAUUCCGACAUAACUUUAAGCACUCAGCCCUCUAUGUCGGACGACAGGAAGGCGCUGAGGGAAGCAUUGUACCAGGGUAUCUUUCACAGGCACAGGAGGACGAUCUUCGCGGUAGGCUCGUUCCUCAGGAUGCUGAGGAGCAAAACGUCCAACUAUGAUUCUAUAAGGUCGGACUCCGAUGAGAUAUAGCACCCGUAGAUCGUCUAAGUGUAUUUUUAGUAAAAAAAAUGGUGCCACAGACUGAUUGUGCUUUGUAAGGAGAGAUAAUAUGUUAUUAGUUUUUAAGAGAAGUUUGUUUGUAUUAAAAUGUUCCUAAUUAGUUGUGACUGAGUUUUCGUUGACCCCGCUUGGAGGAGCAGUAUACGUAUAAUGGUUGUUAUUGCGUGUUGGAGCGCUGUUGGCCGGCGGACCGACAUUGGUUUCAUGAUGUAAUACAUUUGUACUGGAUUUUAUUACAUUCUCGUUACUGUAGACGCGGACUCAUAUUGAUUUUGAAUAUCGGUAAACAUUUCAACGUCUCAUAUUAACGAACCUCGUUCAUUCAUUAUGUUGUCAAUUUAAAUUGUCACAUUAAUUUACCCUAAUCAAAUGAAUUGGACGUUAAAUACUUUGCUGAAAUUACGCCUAAACUUUGUGUGUAAAGGUUUUAUUAAGAACGCAAUCACCAAUAAAAUAGGUCUCGAUAUGAAAUCAUAUUUUUAUUACAAAAGUUAUCUAAUAAAAAGUAUACCUAUCAACUUGAAUACAGAUAGCCGAAAUAAAAUCAAAAUAAAAGAGAGUAUAUGGUAACGAAUAGUUGACAAGGUAUAACAUCGCGUGUCGGUCUGAUCAAGGGCGCUCACCGUCGAUCACCUUGACUUUUUUUCAGACGCAUAAAUUAUAUGAAAAUGAUUUUUUUCGUACACAAUACGCCCGUGAAAGCUCCCUUCGAUAGCUAACAAUGGAUUUUAUGGCACUACAAACUCCACGAGCGACAAAAUUAAUGGCUUAAUGCGAUAAAAAUAACGGGCUUUGUGACAUCAGAGUUGUUAAUUUAUGAAUGUUAAACUGUGAACUUUUUAACAACAACUUCAGGAAGUUUUAUAUGAGAAAGAAAACUAAAGGAAGAUAUUUAUAAAAUCAAUGACUUGUGUUACUAAAAUAAGGAGUAUAGAAUGCACAAAAACAAUGCGUAGGUGACGAAAAAUUUAUCUGAUGAAAAUAUAAUGGAUGAUUCAUUUUACUUAUAUAUAAGAGUAAAUGCAAAGCUAUUCACCUUGUUAUGUCUACAGGCGUCUUAUUGAUAUCUAAAAUCGAACAUUGCCAUGAUACGACGAUCAAAAACACAUUAAUUUUACGAUACAGAAUCGAUAUAAUAAAAGUAUUCAAGAUUUAUUCGAAUCUUUUUAUUGCUGCUAACAUGAAUUACAUUUGUGGAAACCAAUGUUGUCUCACGGUCAAAAUGUUAUAAAAUAAGUAAUGUGUACCAAUUUUAAAGAAAUAUUUCAUUGAUGUUUUUAUAUCGUUGUUCUUUCAUUCUAAUGUUAUAAAGAUACUGAGUGUUACUGAGGUAUGCAGUAUCACUUAUCACGAUGCAUUAUGGCAGUAAUUUUUCCUGUACUGGAGAGAAUCAUAACUCUACCAUGUUGUUGUGUCUACAUAUCUAGAUAUGUGGUUAUUCGAGAAAAAAAUCGAAGCAGUUCUUUCAUUUUUCUCAAAAAACAUUUAUAUGAUACAUAUGAUUACAGUAUGAUCACCACAAGAUCUUCGUUAAAAUAUCCACCAAAUAUCGUGAUAAGUGAUAUUCUACACUUAUAUAACUUUUUUUGAGUAACCCACUAGGCAGUCCGCAGCUCCGGACAUUUUUAUAACUUAGGUUAUCCUUUUUCUUACAUAUUUUUGUUAUUUACCACUGGAUCAAUAGAAAGAACGAUGUAAAAUGAGUUAAACGAUCCGCUAAUGGAAGUUUAAUUGUUCGAGGUCUAUUUGAUUGUCAGACGUCACUGCGUGACAUGGUCUGAACACCACUUUGCUCCGAUGUAGUUGAUAAGCCAAGUGUUAAUUGGUCCAACCCAUUACCGACUAGGAAACACAUUUAUUGUACCAAUUUUUAUUAUUCACAUAAUUAUAUUUUAUUACAUUUAUUUUAUUCAAGUUCGAAUAUUUAUUUCACAAUUUGAAUAAACAUUUUUUUAUUAAUGUUUCAUUUAAAAUAUUUCUUUAAAAUAAAGUAAUGCUUCAAUCGAAUAGAGAGCUUAGUAGAUGAAAAAUUCCAUACAUAAAAAUAUUAUUUAGAAUUGUAUGUUUGUUUUGCAAUGGUUGUUAGUGAUAUUAUAAUAUUAUAUUAUGUAGAGAAUUAGUGGCGAAACAAUGGAUUGUUGAGACACAUUUUUGGAACAUUUUAUGCACUUUUUUAUAUAUUUGUACAUCCGAAAUUUUGUACAACGUGUUGUUGUGAAGUAGGAGAUUUAUUAAAUAUAUAAGUUUAUCGAUGGCCUUAGGUUUCUUAUAUUUAAUUCAAAGAUUUUUUUUAUAUCGUCACGUUUUAUCCUCGAAGGGGUAGGCACAGGUGCACAUGACGGCACGUAAUGCCAACAAUAUACACCCACUUUUCACAAUUUGUGUUGUAAGUCCCAUGUAAUAAGUGGUGAGCCUAUUGCCAUAUACCGGGCACAUUUCCAGACUCCGUGCUACUACUGAGAAAUUUUCGGAAAACUGAAAAAAACCCAGCAAUACUUCGCCCGACCCGGGAAUCGAACCCGAGACCCCUUGCCCAGCAGUCGCACUUGCAACCACUCAGCCAACGAGGCAGUCAAUGCAUUUAUAUGAUUUAUAAAUCACUUCUCGAAAUAAAAGCAGGUGCAGAUGUAUUUAUUUAUAGAAAUAAACUCAUUUAUACUUAUUUAUAGCCAAUCACCUUCAAAGAUGAAUGUUGUUUUUGUCAAAACCGUUUAGGAUAUUUUUGGAUGCCAUUUGCAGACUUUGUAAAUAAAUACACAAAUAUAAACUUCCUUUAACAAUUAAAAUUCAUCAAAUAUUCAUAUUUGUAAUAAUCAUUUAAAAUAUUAAUACCUAGAUCAAUUGUGUUAUUCAAUUACAUAUUUUCUUUGAAUAAAUUAUUCAUUCCUUUUCAAGCAAUAUGUAGGUAUCAAUAGACGAGUCCCUUAACUUAUUUAUCCCAAAGUAAUUGUGUAUGUAUUGUAACUUGAACGGCAAGAAACUCCACUUUUGCUGAAGUUAGUAACUUAUAUCAAGAUCCUAACUUAAGAACAAGUUUCGUGAAAUAACUGCUUCCAAACUUUAGUUAUUUUGAUUCCAAUAUUUGUUGAUACAAAUCUGGUUCUUACCUGAUUGUGGAAUUUUAUGUAAGUGGUAUUUUAUUACAAGGAAUGUUGAUAGGUUUUUGAGUUAAAAUUAUUGAACUAGCUUUCAGAAAGUGCACAUUUUCGUGUAUAAAAAUGUUUAUACAACGCUUGUAGGCGUAAUUUUCCAAAUAUUAUUUUUAAACACUUUUAGUUUUAUUAUGCGUAAAGAAUUUUGCGUAAAAUAAACUCAAAGGCAAUACCUACAAAAUUUUAUAACAAAUCAAACAGCAGUGUUUCUUUAACAAGACGAUAUGUGGUAUCAAAGGGAAGUUUCACAUACAAUUUUUUUAAGUGUGGUAGAGCCAUGCUUCGGCACCAAUGGGCCGGCUCGACCGGAGUGAUACCACGGCCUCACAGAAAACCGACGUGAAACAACGCUUGCGUUGUGUUUCGUUGUGUGAGUGAGGUUACCGGAGGCCCAAUUCCCCCCUUCCCAAUCUUCCCCAUCCCCGAUUCCCGAACAACAACCCUUAAAUUCCUAACUCCCAAAAAGCCGGCAACGCACUUGUAACGCCUCUGGUGUUUCAAGUGUCCAUGGGCGGCGGCGAUUGCUUACCAUCAGGUAAUACGUCUGCUCGAUUGCCGGCUUGUUCCAUAAAAAAAAAAAAAAUAUACAAAAUAUUAAAAAAUGUAUGUAAUGUUACCUACACGAAGAUUGCGGUAUUUUAUAAGUAGCUUAAAGCCUCAAGAGAAUGCUUACACUUGCUUCAUUCUAAGGGGACUUGCCUUACACAACCCCUUUUUUGUAUCCCUCCCAUUGUGCGCCAUUUUAUCCGAUAUUUACCGGUAAAAACCGGUAUUGUUGGGAACGAUAGAUCCGGAUUUGACUCAAGGCUUUUCCAAAGGAGGGUAUUAUGUAAAAUUCUUCAAUAUUGUACGAGGUAUUUGUUAAAGCUUAUUGAGAUAUAACGUUGUGUUUGUAUUUUUGAGUUAGUGGUGUGUUUAUUUUUUCGGCUAAUUCGUGCUACCUUAAAUAUUUUUUCUCACCUUUUAAACCUUUCCUGAACUUUUCCAAACAAAUUAAGGCCAAGAUUUUCCAAAUUGGUCCUACCGAUUUCGAAUUUUAGCGAGACUAACGAACAGCAAUUGAUUUUUAUAUGUAGUGAUUAAUUCUGUAACAAUUUGAAUAAAAGUUAUUUAUGUUAUGAGUCUUACCAGACUCGUUAAAAUACCUUAGUUAUUUAUUAUUUUAUAAAACAAUAUUAGAUUUCAUACACUGUAUUUUAUGUUUCAUAACAAACCUAGCCAUCGAUAAACAUAUAUAUAAUAAAAACCAUGAAAAAAUGAGCUUUGUAUUAAAUAAAUAGCUUUUUAUACUAGACCGAUAGUUUACUUUUAAUAUUGUAUCAUUUUAAGAUUAUGUUUGCGCUGUUGUAAAUAUGCAGUAUACAUACCUUAUAUAUCCGACUGUGAUAGGAGAAGAACGCUAUAAUAUAUAAUUGUUAUAUUAUUAGUUAUAUACAUAAGUAUAUACAACAUGUUAACAAACAGAAGACGUUCCUGUUAACCCGCAAUAGUAUAGCAUCCAUACACGCUAAAAAAAAUAUUACCAUUCAAAAAUAAAACAGUUUUAUUUUUUUAAAUAAUAUUAAAAUAUUCACCAAAAAUUUUAAAUCGAUACUUAAUAGAAACACUCUGUGCACGCGUAGUUGAAGGAAGGCAACGUUGCAAUUUAUUGCUUAUUUAUCUAUGCUGAUAUUUUAAUUUUAAUCUAUUAAUGAUAUAGAUUAACGAGUUUAAAGGAACGCCCUCUGUUAGUUAACAUAUUGUAUACAAUUAUAUAUUACUAAUAAUAAAAUAAUGAAUAAUAAGUGUGAAUAGUAGAAACUGUUAUUUUGUAGACCUGUAUGUAAUACCUUUCAUGAUUUAGUUAUUCAUUUUAUGUUUAUAUAUUAUAUUCCUUCGAUGUCUAUGUUAUAUAAUUAUUAAAUGUCUGUCCUAGUUUAAAUGUUAACGUCACAUAAUUAUGAAUGUAAUGUUAAAUAAUUAUAAUUUGCAAUAUCAAUGUUGUUAACAAUAGUUGUUAAAAAUAAUUAUAUAAUUUAAUAUUUAAGUUUUGCAUGCACGUGCUUUGUCAAAUCGGAUUAAUUAUUUGACACGUGUUUUAGUGAAUUUCUUCAAAGAAAUGUGUACAUAUAAGCCAUGUGCUUAAGUUACACUUAUACAUAUAUUAAUUAGAAAUUAUAUAUAAUUUCAACAUUUAUAUAUUAUACGUUAAUUUGUUAUAACUAGAUAAGUUAGGUAGGAUAACUAAUAAUGUUAUGAAAACGGUUUUAGUUUGUAAAUUGAAAUAGAAAUAUAAUUUUUAAAUGUAAAUGAAUGAUUUCGAUAUUAUUAUUAUUAGUUUUAUAUAUUAAAUAUUGUAGUAGAACAUUCCGUGACGCAAGUUUUUUGUGGGAGAGAAAAUUAAAAACGUAAAUUAUUCUGUCCGAUAAUGGUAAACAGUGAUAAAAGACUGCGUUAAAAUUAUUGAAAAAAAAAGAAGAAUCGUUAGCGAAUAAACGUAUUCCGUUGUGUUCUGUAACAUUUUUCAUUAUGUAAUUACAUACUGGUACUAUA